GCGGGGGCCCGGCGGGGCGCGCGCGGGGGCCAUGGCGUCGGUGCAGGCGUCCCGCCGCCAGUGGUGCUACCUGUGCGACCUGCCCAAGAUGCCGUGGGCCAUGGUGUGGGACUUCAGCGAGGCCGUGUGCCGCGGGUGCGUGAAUUUCGAGGGCGCCGAUCGCAUCGAGCUGCUCAUCGACGCCGCUCGCCAGCUCAAGCGCAGCCACGUGCUCCCCGAGGGCCGAUCGCCCGGGCCCCCGGCCCUCAAGCACCCGACGGGCAAGGACCUGGCGGCGAGCGGCGCGCCAGGGCCCCAGCUGCCUCCCCCGCAGGCCCAGGCCCAGCCCUCGGGGACCAGCGGGGGCGUCUCGGGCCCGGACCGCUAUGACAGGGCCACCUCGUCGGGCCGCCUCCCGCUGCCCUCCCCGGCCCUGGAGUACACCCUGGGGUCCCGCCUGGCCAAUGGGCUGGGCCGCGAGGAGGCCGUGGCCGAAGGGGCGCGCAGGGCCCUGCUGGGCUCCAUGCCCAGCCUGAUGCCCCCCGGCUUGCUGGCAGCUGCGGUGUCGGGCCUGGGAGGCCGGGCCCUGACGCUGGCACCCGGCUUGAGCCCUGCUCGGCCACUUUUCGGCUCCGAUUUCGAGAAGGAGAAGCAGCAGAGGAAUGCGGACUGUCUGGCGGAACUGAACGAGGCCAUGCGGGGCCGGGCGGAGGAGUGGCACGGGCGCCCCAAGGCCGUGCGGGAGCAGCUGCUGGCGCUGUCCGCCUGCGCCCCCUUCAACGUCCGCUUCAAGAAGGAUCACGGGCUGGUGGGGCGCGUGUUCGCCUUCGAUGCCGCCGCCCGCCCUCCGGGCUACGAGUUCGAGCUGAAGCUCUUCACCGAGUAUCCCUGUGGCUCGGGCAACGUGUACGCGGGGGUCCUGGCCGUGGCUCGCCAGAUGUUUCACGACGCUUUGCGGGAACCGGGCAAGGCCCUGGCCUCCUCCGGCUUCAAGUACCUCGAAUACGAACGCCGCCACGGCUCGGGCGAAUGGCGCCAGUUGGGCGAGCUGCUCACCGACGGGGUCCGCAGCUUCCGCGAGCCCGCGCCCGCCGAGGCCCUGCCCCAGCAGUACCCAGAGCCCACCCAGGCCGCUCUGUGCGGACCCCCACCCCGAGCCCCAUCCCGGAACCUGGCGCCCACCCCGCGCCGGCGCAAGGCCUCCCCUGAACCCGAGGGCGAGGGCGCCGGCAAGAUGACCUCCGAGGAGCAGCAGCAACGGCACUGGGUGGCCCCCGGCGGCCCCUACUCGGCCGAGACCCCCGGGGUGCCCUCCCCCAUCGCCGCCCUGAAGAAUGUAGCCGAGGCCCUGGGCCACUCGCCCAAGGACCCCGGUGGGGGCGGAGGCCCCGGGCGCGCCGGAGGUGCCAGCCCCGCCGCCUCCUCCACGGCCCAGCCGCCCGCACCCCAGCAUCGCCUGGUGGCGCGCAUCGGGGAGGCGGAAGUCAGCCCCACCGCGGGGGCCGAGGCCGGCGGCGGGGGCGGGAGCGGCACGGGGGCUCCCCCCGGAGCCCCCCUGUGCUGCACCCUGUGCCGCGAGCGCCUGGAAGACACCCACUUCGUCCAGUGCCCCUCGGUGCCCGGACACAAGUUCUGCUUCCCGUGCUCGCGAGAGUUCAUCAAGGCGCAGGGCCCCGCCGGAGAGGUGUACUGCCCCAGCGGCGACAAGUGCCCCCUGGUGGGCUCCUCGGUGCCCUGGGCCUUCAUGCAGGGCGAGAUCGCCACCAUCCUGGCCGGAGACAUCAAGGUCAAGAAAGAACGGGACCCCUAGGGCCCCGCACCCCGCCUCCCCCCCCCCCCGCCCCGUGGUGUCCCCCCCAACCCCGCCACAGCUGCGGAUAAAUUAUUCCCCACACCCAGUGCCACCCCCCCGUGUACAUACCCCCCCUUCUCCACCCACACUGGCCCCCCCCCGAAGUAGAUGCAUUGUGGGGUGGGAUGCGGGGGGGAAGGAAGCUUGGGGUUCCCCGGGCCCCUCCAGUGCAGUGUCCCCUCUCCCCUCCUUGGCUUGGCUUUUCUUUGCUGCUGCUUGUAGUUGGGGGAAGAAGGCGCCCCGCUCCCCCUCGAGAAGGGGGCCUCCCGAAAACGCGCUCUUUAUAAACGAAGCAAAAGCGUUCCACCGCCCUUUCCCCUCUCUCCUGCCUCUUCUUCCUUCAAUAAACGGAAAGAUGUUUCCUCCUCCCC